AAAUGGCCACUCCUCUUUCAUCUGACAUGAAGGAGAAAUGGAAGCUUCUUGCGAACUUUAUUGCAUACAAAUUCUGCUUUGAGUAUGAUCUGGCCAUCGAAGAAGGCUUGCGAAAAGCAAGAAGACAUUCUGAUUUGCAAGCCAAAGACGACGUCGAUCAAACUCAAGCCGUAAGAGCAAUCUUUGCCUGCGUUGACUCUGCUGUUAAGGAAGCACAAGAAAAUUUCCCUAAAUCCGAUUUUCUUGCUGAAGCUCAGAAAGUACUGGAAGAUCCAAGCCCUGAAGUCCAAAGCAAGUACGCGAAAGAAUACAUUUACACACCUGAUCUGAAGAUGAACCAUACUUUUUUGCACGAAAAGUAUCAUCCAACUGCAAAUUUGAUCAUCACAGAGGUGUUCUCACACUACCAAAAAGCUGUUGAGAAAGGGAAGGUUGAUGCAUUGACGGAAAUCAAUAUAGACAAUACCAUUUUUCAAUCACCAUUUCAGGAAUUAUACGAUCAUAUCAGCAAGAACUGUAUUGCUGUUAGAGUUGACGUUGAUGCAUUAUUGAAAACAGACUCAUUCCGUGCUUAUCCCUCUCAGCCACUCAAGAGCGCAACUGUCAAGAGCACGAGUCAAUCACAACCAGGUUCGUCAAAACCCAGUACCUUCAUCGAUCUAACUCUAGACGAGGAUGAAGAUGAAAACACCGUUACUCAAGAUCAAAAUCAGCAAAAAAGCCAGGCCAGCGAGACCAAGUCAAACAGCACAAAAGAUUCAUCCAAAGUCUUCUAUUCUGAUGAAAUUCGAAAACGGACGCGUGCAGCCCGUUACUCUGGUGAUUACAGAAAGUACUACGGUACCGAAGAAGAAGAGGAUGUACAGGCCAAUCAUCAAAGAAGAAAACUUGAUGAUUCCGUGGAGAAAGCCCCAAUGUGUUUGGAGAAAGUCGAGCUUGGGAAAGCAGAUGACAAAGCUCCAUUAUUGAGCAUUGAGGAAAUCUUGGGUAAAUCCUUCGUCAUCUUGUUAGGAUUAAAAGAAAAUGCAACGCCCGCUCUGCAAAUGAUCAUGAAUCACUAUAGCCGUGAUACCAUCGUCCAAGCCAUCAAGGCUGGAAUGACAAGUGAUGCACAGAAAUUCAUCACAAGUCUUGUCAAUGGCGAUCAGAUGACAGUGCAGGCUUUGCAAAAGAUGGUUUUGAGGCAAGUAGAACAGGACAAAGUUUCAAAGGUCGGCAUCAUUUUGUUCUUCCAAGAGGGCAAAUUAGAAAAGCACGCCAGCUCACUUUCCGACAUUCAUGCUUCUUUCGUUGCUGCUUCUACUAAGCCUACGAGCUCACUGAUUGCAACUGCGAAAGGUAUACUGCAAACCACUCCCCUGGCUAACGAAUUGCUUGGUUCAGGUCAUGGUCUAGGGAACGAGAGAAAUACGCAUUUAUGUUUUAAUUUAUGGUCACUAAAUGAAACAGUUGAAGCAUUGGGAAUUUUCGAGGUGGACAAGAUCUCCAAGGGCAAGAUUUGGAAACCACAUGAAGUCAAACGUGCAUUUAUGCAUUUUGCGAGAUGUUUGUUCAUGGUAUCAUGUUGGACCGUGCAAAAUGACGAGAAGCUCAAUCAAACCUCACGACAUGCUUUCCCUCGAUGCCAACCUCCGUUAGGACUGCAUGAUCGCCUGCCGUUGUCUUCGUCCUAUCAUGGUAAGAUUACGAAUGAGCAAGCGUCAUCGUCAGGAAGUACGAAUGUAAAAUCGCAUCAGAUGCCACAAAAGACCUCUUCGCAUACACGAACUACAAAUGUUCCCCCAGCCAGGCAGCUCAGUGAAUCAAGUGAUGGAGAAUACGUCCUGAGUAACUCGAAGUCGAAAAGCAACGCAAGUUCCAACAAGCCAGGAACUUCAUAUGAAGAUAAAGUUCAGGCUCUACUGAGCACAGGAUACAAGUGUCUUCUGCGUCCUACAGAGAUUCCCGACAUCUUCCAAGGUUCAAUCUGUCUAUCCCCAGAACAUACCUUUACCUUUACCAUUUCCGAACAGUGGAAUGAUAAGGAAAAUUUGAACUGUGGGGAAGAAGUAAACAUCAGGCUGCGACUAGGUGAGAAUUUGAGGUAUACGAAAGAUAGGAGUGGAUUAGGAGCAUCACUGGAAAUCGUCAAAGAUCCACAAUUGUACCCAAUCUAUUUUACGCGCAGUCAUAGCAAAGGUGUAGAAACCAUUCGCGAAAUCAUCCGAAGUCAAGCAGGCAUUUGAAGUGGCAAUGUAUAUUAUAUCCGUAGUAGAAGC